AUGCUGGUAAAUUUAGGACAUUCCCUUGGCUGCUUCUCCAUUUGUUUUGUCAUCCCUGAUCAUAUUUGUUUCUUUUCCUCUGGCUGUGUGGAUCAGAUCCAGCAGAUGGCCGACAAGAACCAUCCCAACAUUGUGAAGCUCCUUGGAUUCGCGAUCGGAGGAGACUUGAGGACUCGGCCAGAGCAAGUUCUGAUCUAUGAAUAUGUGCCCAAUGGCGACCUUCACAUAUGGAUUGGUCCAAAGGCAUCCUGCCCUCUGACUCUGAAGCAGCGGCUGGACAUUCUCAUCGGCAUGGCACGGGGCUUCGAAUACCUCCACGGCUUUGGCAUCGUGCAUCGGGACAUCAAGCCUGCCAACGUCCUCAUCACCAACAGCAUGCAGGCGAAGAUUGCCGACUUUGGUCUGCUGAGGAUGGGGGAGGGCACAACCGUGGGCACAACGCGCAUCAUGGGCACACCGGGCUUUGUGGAUCCGGUCUACUCCAUCACGUCCAAGGCCACUGCAGCCAGCGAUGUGUACAGCUUUGGAGUGCUCAUGUUGGUGGUCCUCACGGGACGAGAGCCAAUCUCGGAAACUGCUGGAGAGAGCUGGAAGAUCACUCCGUGGGUGGCGGAGUGCCUGUCCAAGAAUGACGUGGGGAGCCUCAUGGACCCCACCAUGGACGCCCCUGCUGAAGCUGUGCUGCGAGUGGCUCAGAUCUCCCUCGCCUGCACUGGAGAGCGCACUGCAGACCGCCCAAGCAUGGUGCAGGUUGCCAACGAGCUGCAGGCCAUUCGCGAGGCAGUGGGGGGGAAAGAGGUGCUGUGUGCUGCAGUCAAGGUGGAUGCGCAGGUGCAGGAGAUGAAGGAUGUUGUCGCCGGUGUCGCAAGCCUCGACACGGAAAUUAUGAAGAUUGGAGAGCAGGCCUCAGGAUAA